GGAGAAGGGACGGAGGAGAGAGCGGGGGGGAUGACUGCAUCAAAAGGAAAACAAAACAAAAGCAAUGACGAAUCCUGUCAUGAGUCCUCCGUUUUUACGAAUCAUAAAGGUUGACGUGCACAGUAUUCCGCAAUAAAUGACGACCAGCCCAGAUAAGAGGAAGCUGGAUUCAGAGUGAUGUCAUUUCCGGGAAUGGGCACCCCCAGUGACCCCCUCUUGGCCAGUCCUGGAGGGAGGUUAUCCACAACUCAGGAUGGUUUCUGGAGGAGCUCGCUCCCCAAAACUGCCAGCUUCCCAACAUCAACCACACGGCACCUCAGCCACCGUGCCAACAACUUCCAAAGACAGCCAAAGCGGCGGAAGCUGAUAAGACCCUCUCCACCGCCGCCGCCCAAUACGCCCUGUCCGCUGGACCAACUGGACCUGAGCGAGCUUCCUCCGAGGCGGACCUUCCCAGAGCUGCUCUUCAAUGGCUGCAUCCUGUUUGGGAUUGAAUUUAGUUACGCCAUGGAAACAGCCUACGUAACUCCUGUGCUUCUGCAGAUGGGGCUACCUGAUCAGUUCUACAGUUUGGUGUGGUUUAUUAGCCCCAUACUGGGAUUCCUCGUUCAGCCUCUCAUAGGAGCGUGGAGUGACCGUUGUACAUCCCGGUUUGGGCGACGCAGACCCUUCAUCUUUGCCUUGGCUAUUGGUGCUUUGAUUGGUCUGACACUGGUGCUGAAUGGGCGGGACAUCGGUGGCGUGCUGGCUGACACAGCGUCAAAUCACAAGUGGGGAAUUGUCCUGACUGUAUGCGGUGUUGUUCUGAUGGACUUCAGCGCGGACUCCGCCGACAACCCGAGCCACGCGUACAUGAUGGAUGUGUGCAGCCCAGAGGAUCAGGAUCGGGGGCUGAACAUUCACGCACUGCUAGCAGGUUUAGGAGGUGGGUUUGGCUACAUUGUGGGUGGCAUAAACUGGGACCAAACACAGUUUGGAAGAUCAAUGGGAGGUCAACUGCGAGUCAUAUACUUGUUUACCAGUAUCACUUUGGUGGGCGCCACAGUAAUGACCUUAAUGAGUAUUCCAGAGCGGCCCCUAAUGAAGAGCCAGUCAAGCAAAAAUUCCAGCAAAAGUCACCUGAAAAGCCCCAGCCUCCCUCUCCCGCCGUCUCCACCCAUGCCUCCGGGAUCAUUUUUGGGAUUGGAUGAAGAAGAUGAAGAAGAAGGUCUUUACAGCUACAAAUUCUCACAUUCUCAUCCCUGUAAUCCUGACCCUCUGGCUCAUUCUUGCAGCGCUAAUGCACGCCUCUGUGCUGCCCUCACUAGUCCCAUAUCACCCCUCAGCCCCCUCACGCCAAAGUACGGCAGCUUUGUAAGUCGAGACAGCUCACUCACGGGCAUCAACGAAUUUGUGUCCUCCUUAGGAACGUCUUACAUAGACAGUGUGCUCAUAGACUGCUACACAGGCCAGCAGACACCACAGACACUCGAACCCAAGUCCACCGCCGCACCCCUACCUCCGGGGGAUUCCCCUCUUCUUGUUGAGCCCACACAGGGAUCAGGAGCCCAUCCUGUGGGACAGGUCAAUGUUGACUUGAUCCCUCAGCCCGCUGAGGAAGCUCAAGAUGGAGAAAGCACACAGGCUGGAGGAGACACUCAGUGUCAUGGAGCAUCUCAGCCUGCAGCAGCGUCGCAUCGGGGCUCUUCUGCUGGCAUCUUGAAGAGGCCCCAGAGUCUUGCACUAAUGGGGGAGCCUCUGUCGACCCAGAUUGUUGGUCUGGAGAACGGUCGCAGAAGAACGGUGACCUUCAGCCAGCAGGUUGCCAACAUUUUGUUGAAUGGAGUGCGCUAUGAGAGCGAGCUGAGUGAGAAUGCGGAGACGGGAGAAUCCCAAAUGUCAAUGAAGCUGCUGUGUGUGGCCAUCUACAGGAUGCCUCCGUCUCUGCGGAGUUUAUGCACUAAUCAUUUUUUGGGGUGGCUGUCCUUUGAAGGCAUGCUUCUUUUCUACACUGAUUUCAUGGGGGAAGUGGUGUUUGAGGGUGACCCCAAAGCACCCCACAACUCUGAAGCUUACCAACGCUACAACGCAGGAGUCAGCAUGGGCUGCUGGGGAAUGUGCAUCUAUGCAUUCAGUGCUGCUUUCUACUCAGCCAUAUUAGAGAAACUGGAGGAGCGUUUCUCACUCCGCACUCUCUAUUUCUUUGCCUACCUGGCAUUCGGUUUGGGUACUGGCCUGGCCACACUGUCCACCAAUCUCUACGUGGUCCUGUCACUGUGUGUCACCUACGGGGUGCUCUUCUCCUCUUUAUGCACGCUGCCUUACUCUCUGCUGUGUGAAUACUACCAGAGCCCGCAGUUUUGUGGCUCGUCAGAGGAGGGGACCAGACGAGGGAUGGGGGUGGACAUCUCUCUGCUGAGCUGUCAGUAUUUCCUCGCUCAGAUCCUGGUCUCUGUGGCCAUGGGACCUUUGACCUCACUGGUCGGCGGGGCCCAGGGAGUGAUGUACUUUGCGAGCCUGAUGUCGUUCGUAGGCUGCCUGUACUCUUCUCUCUGUGUGGUGUACCAGCUGCCCCCCGCCGAGGGUGAGCCCACCGAAAGCGAGACCCAGCCACUGUUGGUGCACAUUUAGAAAGCCUCUUAAUUUGAUGCCACCUCACACACUCAACGGCACACGCGCUGUCGUUUAGCGUCUGAGCGUGCUGACCUUCACUGCGCCGAUAGGACAGACACGACAUCCUGCCGCACACUGUACCGCGCUGCUGCGUACAUGAUUUCAUGCUAAUCAGCAGCGCCCUCCUCAGAGCCAGACAGACAGACAGACAUUGGCCACCGCUGUAAUUUGUGUACAUGACCAGUGUCUUCUUCAUACAGUGUGUGUGCGCCCAUACACCCCGCCACCACCACCCCCCACCUGAAUCUUUAUUUUGCAAACGAAUGUGUGGAGCAGAUGAAACUGAAUGGCUGCACGAAUGGUUUGUUGUGGGGAUUUUUUUUUCCUUAUUCAUCAGUCAUCAUCUUACCUUGUUCCAUUAGUGCUUAGAAUCGUUUAUCGCUACACACAGGCUAACCUUGUCUGCAUGAAAUGCAAUGUAUUCUGUCAAAACCGUGUGUUGGUGUUUACUUUGUGGGAAUGUCUACCUGCCAGUUUCUCUGAGUUGGCACAUUACCUCCUGCUGCAC